AUGAAUGCUUUCGUACACUGUGGCUACCCAAAGGUCGUUCGCGAAGGCAUCAACGAUGACUACCUCCCAGUAUGGAUGCAGAAUGCUGGCUACAACACGUACUACUCUGGCAAGCUGUGGAACCACCACUCUGUUGACAAUUACAACGCACCCUACGCCGGCGGAUACAACGGUUCCGACUUCAUCCUCGACCCCUAUACGUACGAAUACUACAACGCGCACAUGAGUCGUAACGGUGGACGACCCAUAAGCUACAAGGGUCAAUACUCGCCUGAUGUGACUGCAGAGAAGGCGUAUGGCUUUCUCGAGGAGGCAACGCAACACCCUGAGCCUUGGUUCCUUACCAUUGCACCUAUCGCACCCCAUAGCAACGUGAAGCUUGUGCCUACCGAAGAGUAUAGUGCGGAUUUGCCUCAAUACGCAGAGCGACAUGCUCAUCUCUUCACCGAGUACAAGAUCCCUCGCGACGCCAACUUCAAUCCCGAGAAGCAGGGUGGCACAGGAUGGGUCAAGAGACUUCCGCUUCUCAACGACACAGUCAUUGACUACAAUGACGAGUUUCAACGCUCCCGCCUUCGUGCGCUUCAGUCAGUAGACGAGAUGGUGGAGCAACUUGUGAAGACUCUCGAGCACAAGGGCCUUCUUGAAGACACAUACAUCAUCUACACCACUGACAACGGGUACCACCUAAGUCAGCACCGCCUGCAUGCUGGCAAGGAAUGUGGCUAUGAGACUGAUAUUCACAUCCCCCUCAUCGUGCGUGGGUCUGGUGUGAUGAAGGGCCACACCACGGACAUUGUCAGCUCCCACACCGAUCUCGCGCCCACUAUCAUGAAGUUAGCCGGGCAGAGUCUACGCGAAGAUUUCGAUGGCUCAGUCAUGCCACUCUCCAAAGAAGACACCCUUCUCGCCGAAUCUACGGAACGCCAAGAACACAUCAACAUCGAGUACUGGGGCCGAGCCAUCCCCGAAGGUAUAUGGGGACACUACGACAACCCGGUGAAGGAAAUUCACCCGCCCGACCAGAACUGGGGUGGAUACCUCCACUCUGUACGCAACAACACGUACAAAGGCCUUCGCCUCAUCGGCGAAGACUACAACAUCUACUACUCCGUCUUCUGUACUGGCGACAAGGAGUAUUACGACAUGCGCUUUGACCCAGGCCAGCUCCAAAAUUACUUCGACGGCGAAGACGCGGACCUCAUAGCGAAACGUGACACCUACCGUAUCGCAGGCCGCCCCUUCACCGCCAUCAUCGACCGCAUCGACGCAUUGAUGAUGGUACUCAAAUCAUGCAAGGGCGACGCUUGCCGAAACCCCUGGAAUGUGUUGCACGGUAGUGACAAGGUCAAAUCACUCAAACAAGCACUAUCGCAUCGCUAUGACGCUUUCUACGCAUCGCAACCCAAGGUCCAAUUCGAGGACUGUGCUUUGGGCUAUAUCCGUGAGGUUGAAGGCCCACAGGAGGCGAACGUUUGGCAUGGCUGGGAUGACGGAGAGAGACCUGAGCUGAAGGCGCGCAGGAAGCCGAGUUUUGUGUAUCAGGGGAAUCCGCAUUUGCUUACUUGA